AUGGAUAAUUUGUGGAGCGAUCCUAAUGUAAAUAAUAAGCACUGUCAGUUAUUGUUCAUUGAGUGUGAAUUAUGGAGGCUUCAUCAAGCUGAAAAACACCAGGUUCCUAUUGUAAAUGGGAAUGUAGGGAACAAUCAGCCGUCUCUAUGUGUUGAACCAUCUUUCUUAGAUAUAUCACCUUUUUUUAAUCCUUCAAAUGUCUUUUAUUUUGAAGAUUAUAAGUACUUUGUUGAAGUUACUUUAUUCUCUACUAAUUCUUCUGCUAAUGACUUUGAAAACAGUACAGGUUAUACUGCGUUCAUUUCAGGCGAAUUCUUAUCUCCUCAAACUCUUUGUUAUUCUAAGGAUUGUAUGGACGUCAAAGAUUUUUAUGAAAAAAUCGAAAAGCAAAGCAUUCUUGAUAUGGAAGAAGUAUAUAAAUUAAUAGGCUACUUUCUCUCGUGUUGUCAUAACAAAGAUUGUAGUUGUAAUUUUAAUACUUUAAAUAACAAUUCAUGUAUUAUAACAUGGGAUCCUCUGAAAACAAGAUCACUUUUAAAUCUAGAUUUAUUUAAUAAUAAAUUUGCAUCUAGUAAUAAUGCAAUUAAUUAUUCGUGUUCAAAUAACUUAUGGAGUAAACUCAACUCUAUAAUCGGUUUAAGCGAAUUAAUUAAAAGUUUUCUUCCAGAAUUUUGGCCAGCUUUUGAGCCCAGCAGUUCUCUGGAGCUCUUCAGCAUACUUAAAAACAUUGCAUUAUCUUUUAAUAUACCUGUUGAAGAUCUUAAUACUUCUGCAUAUAUUGGUAUUAAUACUGCAUCGACCGGAUACCUCUCACUAUUUUGCAAGUAUAUGGCAAAAGUGUCGCUUGUUCUCAUUAAAAAGGGAAUCAUUAUUAUUCAUCAAAGAAAGGAUGCAAUUUCUGAGUACAAAGAUUCCUCUCAAUCUCCCAAAGUUUCUCAAGUUAGACCCGUUGUAAGAUUAAGAGGGUUACCUUGGAAAACUGAUGUUUUAGAUAUUAUUGUUUUUUUCAAUCCCAUCUGUGAAAUUUCGGUUCCUGAUAUCGCAAUUUCAUACAAUAAAUAUGGAAGAAUGACAGGAGAAGCUUACGUUCUACUUCCUUCAGUAAGAGCAUAUGAACUAUCACUAGCGCUCUUACAUGGUAAAAGAAUGGGUAAAAGAUGGAUUGAAGUUCUUCCUUCGUCUACCCAAGAAUUCUUAAUAUGCAUGCAAAUAACUGGUUUAAGAAACCAAGAUCAAAAUUUUCCACUUCAAAUUGAUUCAUCCUUUGAUAGAUAUUAUAACCGUCAGGUUCUGAGACUUAGAGGCCUGCCUUGGUCUGCUACUGAAAUUGAAAUUGUAAAUUUCUUUAUAUCUGGUGGAAUAUAUGAUCUCAAUGUUUCUGAUGUCUUUCUGGGAAUUAAUGAAAAUCAAAAAUCAUCGGGCGAAGCUUGGAUUAUACUUCCUCAUAAAUGUGAUGCCUUUGAAGUCCAGAGAAUACUUGAUAGGAGGAUUAUUGGUAAAAGGUAUAUUGAAGUCUUCAUUUCGUCAUUCCAGGAACUUGCCACUGCCAGAUCUACUUAUUCUUCGAAAUUACUUUCCAAAGAAAUUCUCCAUGUUUUAAAUAGCACAUCGAAAAAUAACAGUACUUGUAGUAUUUCAAAUAGACAAAGGAUUAAAAAAAAAAAGCCUUCACAUCCGGAAAUAAAUAAUUUUUUUAAAUAA